UCCCAGCCGGCAGAUGGGCCUGUUCAAUGCAGACUUUGGCUGACCCAUCCGUCAACAUCGUGCCUCUCAACCUCCGCCAAGCCAUCCGAAGAGUAGUGCCGCAGACCAAAAAUGCCGGUCAUGACAGAGCCCACCCACUCCGCCCAGUCUUUCUGUCUGUCUCUGGGAGACACGUAUGUUGACUAGACACCUGUCGCCAGUGCUUGAGAUGUAGCUGCGAGUCUG